AACAAGAAUGGCACAAGACAAUUGAGAGCUGAGGUGGCCUCUCUUUCCCACUGACCUUAAUCAUGCUGUUUUUUGCCCUCUACAUAUUCUUAAGCCGACUGUCCGUGUGUUCUUCCUUCCAUGGUCGUCAAGAGUACUCAUACAACUAAACAACUGAAAUCCAAACCUAUAGACAAUGAUCCCUUCUGCCCCUUCCAAAAUACUCAUACCCCUCUCUUUAGACCCAGAAGACAGCAAAGAAGCUCUCUCAUGGGCAAUCAGAGUCAUAGCCCGCCCAAAUGACAGCAUUGUGGCCGUACAUGUUCUUGCUGGUAAGGAGAAGAAGAAUGACUCGGUAAAGAAAAAGCAGUCGAAAUUUCGCCAGGCAAAAGCCUACGUCAUCUCUGUGCUUGGAGAAUUCGCCAAGACCUGCCAGUCUAUGCAGGUAAAUUUGGAAGCUAAAGUGGGGUUCAGCUCUAGUGUAGGAAAGGGUUUGAUUGAGGAAGUGAAAUCCAUUUCAGCAGACUUUCUUCUUCUUCGGAGCUCAAGAAACCGAAAGAACAGGACUUCAAUUACAAGGUAUUGCUUUCAGCAUGUCCCAGAAAGCUGUACGGUGGUUUCAAUUGGAAAAUCUGGGAGAGCAGAACAGUAUUCAGAGUCAAAUUCAAAUUCUUCACAUUCUGAAGACACAUGUCAAUCGAGUCCAAGGUGGUCAAACAGGGCAGCCUCCCCUGUUUCAAAGCCUACUAUCUCGGAAACAGAGAAAGAGAAGCCUUCAACAAGAACAACAAUAGACGAUGAAAUUGGACGAGAAUCUCAAAGCACAGAAGAUGAUAGUUGCAGCUCCGGCGACACAAGCAUCACUGAGUCCCCACCUCUGGCUUCCAAGUUUAAGACAAGGAAGCAGCCGUCGCCAUGCAGACUUAUUGCAUCCUUCUUUGGUUCUCCAUUAAUGAAAAGAAAAGGCAGUUUAUCAGACAAAGGAAGGCAGCAGCCUUUAUUGAAGUGCUUCAGCUAUGAGGAAAUCUCCAAUGCCACAAAAAACUUCCAUUCAGAUAAUAUAAUAGGCAGGGGAGGAUAUUCAGAGGUAUAUAGAGGUGAUCUUUCUGGUGGGCGAAGCAUUGCAGUGAAGAGAUUGGCCAAGGACAACAAGGAUGCUAACAAGGAGAAAGAGUUUCUCAUGGAAUUGGGUAUAAUUGGACACGUCUCCCAUCCUAACACUGCUAACUUACUUGGCUGCUGCUUUGAAAAUGGACUCUACCUUAUUUUCAGUCUCUCCCAAAAUGGAAAUCUUUCAUCUGCUUUGCAUGGUAAAACAUGCAGGUCGCUUGAGUGGCAAACUAGAUACAAUAUUGCCAUUGGUGUUGCAAGGGGUCUCCAUUAUCUUCAUAAAUGUUGUAAGCACAGAAUCAUACAUCGUGACAUAAAGGCCUCAAAUGUCCUCCUUGGCCCAGAUUAUGAACCACAGAUUACCGACUUUGGGCUAGCGAAGUGGCUUCCAAACAAAUGGACUCACCACGCUGUGAUUCCGAUUGAGGGGACAUUCGGAUACCUAGCACCGGAGUAUUUCAUGCACGGAAUCGUGGACGAAAAGACGGAUGUUUUUGCAUAUGGGGUUCUUCUUUUGGAGAUCAUAACUGGUCGGAGGCCGGUAGAUUCGUCCAAGCAAAACCUUCUCCUAUGGGCCAAGCCUUUUAUGGAAUCGGGAAACCUUGCCCAACUGGCCGAUCCAAAACUGAUAGGCAAAUAUGAUUUGGAAGAGUUGCACACACUUGUGCUCACCGCUUCUUACUGUAUCAGACAAUCCUCGAUAUGGCGUCCAUCAAUGAGCGAGGUAUUGGAGCUUCUAACCAGUGGGAAAGACUCCGGGGUUGCAAAGAGUUGGAGGAUACCCAAGUUCACCACUGAUGAGUUGGACGAUUACUCCAUGGUUUAUGGAUAUGAGCUUCCAAGAAACAUUUCUGUGGAGGAUUAUUUGUGAUUAUGUAGCUCUUUUCAAUGUGUGAUGAUCUUUUUUGAGGAGAACUAGUUGAUGAUUAGUGCUUCUUCUAUUAUUCUUUUUUUUUUUUUUGGCGUAUUUUCUGUAUUUCAUGCUGUACAAUUUUGUUCGUUUCUUUUUUUUUUUCUUUCUUUUUUUUUUUUUUUAAAUUAAGCAAGCAUGAAUAUAUUGUAGAAUUCUUCAUAUGAAAAUCGAAAUUAUAUUGUAAG